AUGGUUUCUCCAAUGGGCACUCUGAGGAGGCGUGCCACUCGCCGCCCGAAUUACCGUAGAGACGACUUGAAAAUCGACAUACGCGACGACAAGGGCGAAAUCUCAUCCGACGACGAAGAUUCCCCUUCGCCAAAGAGUACCAAGUUCCCACCCGGCGCGAGACCAACGGCGCCCCCUCCGCCACCGCCACCGCCGGGGGUGGUAUCUCCGCCCGCCGUCCUCAACCCCGCCAACCCUACGGAUUCGGAGAGCAGCACAUCAAGCGAUUCUCCGUCUCCCACGUCGUCCGACUUCCCGAGACCGACUGGGCCUCCGCGCGGCCCGCAACAUGGAGAGACGGGACCUGCCCCCUUUUCGUCCACCAUCAGCACUACCACCGGGGCAUCGAGCUCGACUAGGACUCUUCCUACUGCUGUGCCGAACAGUCGCAGCACCACCAGCUUCGAUUCGCAACCGACAGGGGGUACGACCGGGGGAAGCAGGGGAGGCAACGAGAUGGGCCUGGGGAACGACAGAUCUUAUGACAUAGGAUGGACGCCGACUGCGAUUGCAUUUGGAACAAUUGCCAUCGCCGCACUCUUCCUCGUCAUCGGCGUCGGCAUCUGGUGGUGCCUCCGCUACCAGAAACGCCGUAAAGCCCGCCACCUCGACGAACGCAGCAUCUCGCCCGACGGCCAGCACUACUGGGACCCGUCCUCCACCUUCUCACCGCCCACCAUGCCCGCCGCCCGCCCGUCCCGCCGCUCACCCUCCAGCAUCUUUGCCGAACUCAUGGGCCACGCCUACGCCGCCGAGAACGGCACCGCAGGACCAGGAACCUACGCCACCAACGACCGCAACUCGCUCACGCCCCAGGGCUACCUCGACGAGAAGACGUACGACCCGGCCCGCCAGCUCCCCGUCCUCGAGCCCGCGCCCGUCGCCCAACCCAACGUCCGCAACUCCAUCGCCAGCUGGAUCCGCCGCCACCACCCGCUCAAGCUGAACCCCAUGUCCGGCCGGAGCAGCGUCUACUCCACCCGCAGCGCCGUCCGCGCCAGUACCAACACCGUCAACGUCAAUGCCCCGCCGGUCCCGGUCCUCUCCGAUGCGUACCGAGGCACCGACCCCGUAGAGCAGUCCGGGUUGGCGCCGCCGUCUCAGCAGCGGUACGCACCGUCCAGCCAAGAUGACACUGAAAGCCCUCUGACAGAGUACAACACCGAUUCCUUCCUGUCUCUGUACCAAACCCAACAAGUACCCCAGCAGCAACCCGGCCAGCACCAGCAGGAACCCGGCCAGCUCCAGCAGCACCAGCAGCUCCCGGCAGCCCCGUGGCUCCAAGACCCGCCGCCGGUCGUCUUCGGCGAGCGCGGCGUCUCCAUGACGCCGACCGAAGCGACCGAAAGUACCUGGCAGAGCUGGGGCGGCGGCGUCAACCAGCCUCAGCAUCAUGACCAGCACCAAACGCCGCCCGACACGCCUCGCAAGGGCUGGAUUGAAAAGUGUAUCAAAUUUGGGGGUCUGAAAUAA